AUGGCGGCUGUCACGGAAUUCGGGGUGUCUCAAUUUCUGAAGGGUACUUCCAGGCAAACAUUGUUUUUGAAGAAGAAGCCUCGGAAACAGAGAAGUCAUAUGCUUUGGGUUACCCUUUGGAAUAGGAAUUGGGCUCUGGGAUCAACUCGAAGUGCUUUGCCUUUAAGAUGUCAGGCUCAAGAAAAUCCCAGAGCAGCGGUUUCUGGGGGUGUGAGCAGUUCUGUAGAAGAGCAAUCUGGCUUGGUCGAGAAGCCUGCUUCGGAAGUUGUUCAUUUAUUCCGAUUCCCGUUUAUGCAAGAAAGUGCAGCUGCUGAGCUUUUAAAGGAAGCUCAAGUGAAAAUCUCUAGUCAGAUCGUGGAAAUACAAACUGAGCAAUGUUAUAAUAUUGGCCUUAGUUCACAACUUUCCAGUGAAAAAUUUGCGGUCCUUAAAUGGCUUCUUCAAGAAACAUUUGAGCCUGAGAAUCUGGGAGUUGAUAGUCUUCUUGAGAAGAAGAGGAAGGAGGGUUUGAGUCCAAUUAUAAUUGAGGUUGGUCCUAGGUUGUCAUUUACCACAGCGUGGUCUACUAAUGCUGUGGCAAUUUGCCAAGCUUGUGGAUUGACGGAAGUAAUCCGUUUGGAACGGUCAAGGAGGUACUUGUUGUUCACUACAAUUGAACUGCAAGAUCAUCAAAUCAAUGAAUUUGCAUUUAUGGUGCAUGAUAGGAUGACCGAAUGUGUUUAUACCCAGAAGCUAACGUCCUUUGAGACCAGCGUUGUUCCAGAGGAGAUUCGUUAUAUACCUGUUAUGGAGAGGGGGCGGAAGGCAUUAGAAGAGAUUAAUCUAGAGAUGGGUUUUGCUUUUGAUGACCAGGAUUUAGAAUACUACACCAAACUUUUCAGGGAAGACAUUAAGCGCAAUCCAACAAAUGUGGAAUUGUUUGAUAUUGCGCAAUCCAACAGUGAGCAUAGUAGACAUUGGUUUUUUACUGGAAAGAUUUUCAUUGAUGGACAGCUCAUGAAAAAAACUCUUAUGCAAAUUGUGAAAAGUACUCUGCAGGCAAAUCCGAAUAACUCUGUUAUUAGCUUUAAGGAUAACUCAAGUGCAAUCAGGGGUUUCCCCGUAAAGCAGCUCCGCCCAGUUCAGCCUGGUUCAUCAUGUCCUUUAGAAAUUGGAGUACAUGAGUUAGAUAUUUUGUUUACAGCUGAAACACACAAUUUUCCAUGCGCAGUGGCACCUUAUCCUGGUUCAGAGACGGGUGCAGGAGGUCGCAUUAGGGAUACACAUGCUACAGGAAGGGGGUCCUUUGUUCAGGCAGCUACAGCUGGUUAUUGCGUUGGGAAUCUCAACGCGCCAGGCUUCUUUGCUCCAUGGGAAGAUCCCUCCUUUACUUAUCCUUCGAAUUUGGCACCACCUUUGCAGAUUCUCAUAGAUUCUAGUAAUGGUGCAUCUGAUUAUGGGAACAAAUUUGGAGAGCCAUUGAUCCAGGGUUUCUGUAGAACUUUUGGAAUGAGACUUCCUAGUGGGGAGAGACGAGAAUGGUUGAAGCCAAUCAUGUUCAGUGCAGGCAUUGGACAGAUAGACCAUCUUCAUAUAACAAAGGGAGAACCUGACAUUGGGAUGCUGGUUGUCAAGAUUGGAGGCCCAGCUUAUCGUAUUGGUAUGGGAGGUGGGGCUGCCUCAAGCAUGGUCAGUGGGCAGAAUGAUGCAGAGCUUGAUUUUAAUGCUGUGCAACGUGGGGAUGCUGAAAUGGCUCAAAAACUAUAUCGUCUUGUUCGGGCCUGUAUUGAGAUGGGAGAUAAAAAUCCAAUUAUCAGCAUCCAUGAUCAGGGUGCUGGUGGGAACUGCAAUGUUGUGAAGGAAAUUAUAUAUCCAAAGGGUGCUGAGAUAGAUGUCCGAGCAAUUGUCGUUGGUGAUCAUACAAUGUCUGUUCUAGAAAUUUGGGGGGCAGAGUAUCAGGAGCAGGAUGCAAUCUUGGUGAAGCCUGAGAGUCGUGAUCUCUUGGAAUCAAUCUGUAGCAGGGAAAAAGUUUCAAUGGCUGUUAUUGGAACUAUUAGCGGUGAUGGACGUGUUGUGUUGGUUGAUAGCUUAGCAACUCAACAGUCUAUUUCAAAUGGACUUCCACCCCCUCCCCCUGCUGUUGAUCUUGAAUUGGAGAAAGUCCUUGGUGACAUGCCGAAAAAAUCCUUUAAAUUUAAUCGGGUGGUAUAUGAGAGGGAGCCACUUGAUAUUGCCCCUGGGAUUACAGUGAUAUAUUCUUUGAAGAGGGUGUUGAGUUUACCAUCUGUCUGUUCAAAGCGCUUCUUGACAACAAAAGUUGAUAGGUGUGUUACUGGUCUAGUUGCACAGCAGCAAACUGUUGGCCCUUUGCAGAUUCCCCUAGCUGACGUUGCUGUUACAGCUCAAACUUUUACUGAUUUGACUGGAGGUGCUUGUGCCAUUGGGGAACAACCAAUCAAAGGCUUGUUAGAUCCCAAAGCAAUGGCUCGGUUGGCUGUUGGAGAAGCACUAACAAAUCUUGUAUGGGCAAAGGUCACUUCCCUUUCUGAUGUCAAGGCUAGUGGUAAUUGGAUGUAUGCUGCCAAGCUGGAUGGGGAAGGAGCUGACAUGUAUGAUGCUGCCAUUUCUUUAUCUGAAGCAAUGAUUGAACUUGGAAUUGCUAUUGAUGGAGGGAAAGACAGCCUUUCUAUGGCAGCCCAUUCUGAUAGAGAAGUUGUCAAGGCUCCUGGAAAUCUUGUUAUCAGUGUUUAUGUUACUUGUCCUGAUAUAACAAAAACAGUGACACCAGACUUAAAACUUAAGGAUGAAGGUGUUUUGCUUCAUAUUGAUUUGUCCAAAGGUAAGAGGCGGUUAGGUGGAUCUGCCCUUGCCCAGGCGUUUGACCAAGUUGGGGACGAGUGUCCUGAUCUUGAUGACGUUCCUUACCUUAAAAAGGUCUUUGAAGGUAUUCAAGACCUUCUUACUGAUGAACUGAUCUCUGCUGGCCAUGAUAUCAGUGAUGGUGGGCUUCUUGUUUGUGCCUUAGAGAUGGCAUUUGCUGGUAAUUGCGGGCUUAAUUUGAACUUAGCAUCUCAAGGUAACAGCCUCUUCCACACACUCUAUGCUGAAGAGCUUGGGUUAGUUCUUGAGGUAAGCAAGAAAAAUCUGGCUUUGGUAAUGGAUAAAUUGAGCAAUGUGGGAGUGUCAGCUGAAAUCAUUGGUCAAGUGACAGCCAAUCCGUCAAUAGAAGUUAGGGUUGACGGGGAUAUUUAUUUGACAGAAAAGACUAGUAUCCUUAGGGACAUGUGGGAAGAGACCAGUUUUCAGCUGGAAAAGUUCCAAAGACUGGCAUCUUGUGUGGAUAUGGAGAAAGAAGGACUAAAACAUCGAUUUGAGCCCUCGUGGGAUCUUACCUAUUUUCCUGUCUUCACUAAGGAAAAGAUUUUGUCUGCCACUGUGAAACAUAAAGUGGCUGUGAUUAGAGAAGAAGGGAGCAACGGAGACAGAGAAAUGGCUGCAGCGUUUUAUGCUGCUGGUUUUGAGCCAUGGGAUGUUACUAUGUCAGACCUUCUCAAUGGAAAGAUCUCUUUGCAAGGGUUCCGAGGAAUUGCGUUUGUUGGUGGAUUUAGCUAUGCUGAUGUCCUUGAUUCUGCAAAAGGUUGGUCUGCUUGCAUAAAGUUCAAUGAGCAUGUUUUGCAACAAUUUCAGGAGUUUUACAAGCGUCCAGACACUUUCAGCCUAGGUGUAUGCAACGGGUGUCAGCUAAUGGCUUUGUUGGGGUUGGUACCUGGUCCCCGAAUUGGGGGUGUGCAUGGUGCUGGUGGUGACCUAUAUCAACCAAGGUUCAUUCACAACGCAUCAGGGCGGUUUGAAUGCCGCUUUACAAGCGUUACCAUACUGCCCUCACCAGCUAUAAUGUUCAGGGGCAUGGCAGGUAGCACAAUGGGUAUAUGGGCAGCUCAUGGGGAGGGAAGGGCUUAUUUUCCAGAUGAAGGUGUGUUUGACCGAAUAGUUCAUUCGAGUUUAGCUCCUCUAAGAUACUGUGAUGAUGCUGGGAAUCCAACCGAGGCCUACCCUUUCAAUGUGAAUGGCUCUCCUUUAGGGGUAGCAGCUAUUUGUUCCCCAGAUGGGAGGCAUCUUGCCAUGAUGCCUCAUCCAGAGCGUUGCUUCUUAAUGUGGCAGUUCCCAUGGUAUCCAAAGCACUGGAAUGUGGAGAAGAAUGGGCCUAGUCCUUGGUUGCGCAUGUUCCAGAAUGCAAGAGACUGGUGUUCCUGA